AAAUACUAAAAAGGCAGAAAAAUCGAUGCUUUGUUGUAUGUUAUCUUCUCAGACUUGAAUCCAUCAGCGUUCUCUGUGUCCAUUCGAUUUCCCGUAAGAAAUUUUUUUCAGCUCAGAUCCUUCGUCUUUGAUCAUCUAACCCUUUAGGUGAAAGAUGAGAGAAGUUAUAAGCAUUCAUAUAGGCCAAGCUGGGAUUCAGGUUGGGAAUUCCUGCUGGGAACUCUACUGUCUUGAACAUGAAAUCCAACCCGAUGGAAUGAUGCCCAGCGACACCUCUGUGGGUGUGGCACAUGAUGCUUUCAACACUUUCUUCAGCGAAACGGGAUCAGGGAAACAUGUGCCUAGAGCCUUGUUUGUGGAUCUGGAACCCACUGUGAUCGAUGAAGUUAGGACUGGUCAUUACCGCCAGCUUUUCCACCCUGAACAGCUUAUUUCUGGCAAGGAAGAUGCUGCCAACAACUUCGCCAGAGGCCACUAUACAAUUGGGAAGGAAAUUGUCGAUCUCUGCCUUGACCGUGUUCGGAAGUUAGCUGAUAAUUGCACUGGUUUACAAGGUUUUCUGGUGUUUAAUGCUGUUGGUGGUGGAACUGGUUCUGGUCUAGGGUCUUUGUUAUUAGAACGCUUAUCAGUAGAUUAUGGAAAGAAGUCGAAGCUUGGGUUUACCAUCUAUCCUUCACCUCAGGUCUCGACGGCAGUUGUGGAGCCUUACAACAGUGUUCUGUCCACUCACUCCCUUCUCGAGCACACAGAUGUGACUGUGCUAUUGGACAAUGAAGCAAUUUAUGACAUAUGCCGCAGGUCACUUGAUAUCGAGAGGCCGACUUACACCAACUUGAACCGUUUGAUAUCUCAAAUCAUAUCGUCGUUGACGACUUCCUUGAGGUUCGAUGGAGCCAUUAACGUGGACAUUACGGAGUUCCAAACCAAUCUGGUUCCGUACCCUCGUAUCCAUUUCAUGCUCUCUUCGUAUGCACCUGUUAUCUCAGCCGCAAAAGCCUACCACGAGCAAUUAUCGGUUCCUGAGAUCACUAAUGCUGUGUUUGAGCCCGCAAGCAUGAUGGCAAAGUGUGAUCCUAGGCAUGGGAAGUACAUGGCAUGCUGCCUCAUGUAUCGAGGAGAUGUUGUCCCCAAGGAUGUUAAUGCUGCUGUUGCUACUAUCAAAACGAAGAGGACCGUGCAGUUUGUUGACUGGUGCCCAACAGGCUUCAAAUGCGGCAUUAACUAUCAGCCUCCAACUGUUGUACCUGGAGGCGAUCUUGCUAAGGUGCAGCGAGCUGUUUGCAUGAUAAGCAAUAACACAGCAGUGGCCGAGGUGUUUGCACGCAUUGACCACAAGUUCGAUCUCAUGUAUGCAAAGAGAGCUUUCGUGCACUGGUAUGUUGGUGAGGGCAUGGAAGAAGGUGAGUUCUCCGAAGCCCGUGAGGAUCUGGCUGCUCUGGAAAAAGAUUACGAAGAAGUUGGUGCUGAAGGGGUUGAUGAUGAAGAGGAUGGUGAAGACUAUUAAUGCUCUUAUGCAAACAAUAUUUACUUCAAAGAUCGGUUCAGUGUCCGAGGGUAUUCCUACCUCCCUUUCACGUGUCCUUCCCUAUCGAUUUAUCUUGUGUGGCACUGCCUUCCUGUGUGUCAAAUGUUAUUUUGUUGAAUGUUGUCUUCUUUGUUAUCAAGAAUUUGCCUA